AUGCAGAAUAGAAAUCUUACAAAAAUUGAUUUCUAUCAAUCGCCAAUGCAGAGGAAUGAUAGUGAUAACUCCUACAUGGGCGAUGCCGAUAAGGCCCUCGAAUCGCUAACCUCGAAGCGUGCCAAGCUGCGCGAUUGGAUACAAAGGGCUUGGACGUACUACAACAAAAAUCAGAUUGCUGGGUUUGUGAUGCUGCUCGAGAAUUCGAUUACGCGCGGGGUAGGCGGAUAUCCCGGGUACAAGGAAGAUCUGCUCAAAACCCACAUGAUGCUGACCGGCCAUUACUUUCGCAUGGCCUGCAACGACGUGGGCCAGCGCAGCUGCAAUUGGCAGGAGAAGGUCGUGAGCCAGCUGGAGAUCAUGGACGCCAUGAAUAUGGUGUGCAAUGAGAUUCAGUACCUGCUGUGUCGCGGCUUUGCACUGAUGCUGGUUGAGGACUGUCUUCCUGAAGCGGACAAGCACUUUGUCUGCGUGCUGCGCCAGUCGCCAUACAAUGUGCCCGCGCUGCUGGGCCGCGGCUGCCUGGCGUACAAUCGCCAGGAGUACAUCACGGCCCUGGGCUACUUCAAGACUGUGCUCUCGCAUCAUCCGGACGGGCCGGCCGAUGUGCGCCUGGGCAUUGCCCACUGCUUCCUAAAGAUGGGCGCCCUGGACAGGGCCGGGCGGGCCUUCGAGUUGGCCGCGGAGAGCAACUCACUCUGCAUAAAUGCGCUGAUAGGCGCUGCCCAGCUGAAGCUCAACGAGCGCAAGCGCGAAUCCAACAUCGCUGCGAUGGAACUGCUUCGUUCUGCGCUCAAGCUGAACGAUCGGCAUCCCGUCGUGCUGACCUGGCUGUCGUUCCACCUGUACUACACGCGCAACUAUGAGAAUCUGCGGACGGCGGCGGGCAAUGCCUUUGUAAUUACGGAUGAUCCGGAUCUGAAGGCCCAAAACUGUUACAACAUUGCGCGCAGUUUCCACGCGACGAAGGAUUACGAUCGCGCCUUCGACUUCUAUGGCAAGGCCGUGAAGUGCCAACCGAAUUUUCCGCCGGCACACCUGGGCGUCGCCCAGAUAUACGUGCGUCGCGGGCAGCUGGACUUGGCGGAGCUCUCGCUGCGCACUCUGCUCAAGAUGAUGCCCGAGAACAAGGAGGCGCUGUGCAUGCUGGGUUUGAUCUACACCCAGUCCAACGAGUCCAACAAGCUGAACAGGGCCGUUCUGCUGUUCCAGAGGGCGCUGGACCACGGUGGACGGGAGGACUGCAACACAUGGCUGGCCCUGGGCAACGUCUACGAGCGCAAACAGCAAUGGCAGCAGGCCAUUGACGCCUAUGAGAAGGCCAUCAGCGUCUACCAAAGUGCGCAGAGUAAGGACAAGGAUAUACCACUCCCUUGGCUUAAUAAUUUGGCUGCGCUGCAGCAGCACGCCGGGCUGCCAGAGGCGGCGCUUGCUACACUGGAUAAAGCAAUUAGAGAGCUACCGAAGAACCCGAACUCAGAGCAUAGCGAGAGCAAUUUACUGACUCUGAGGUUCAAUAGGGCGCGCGUGUUGGAGGAUCUGGGCAGGAUGAAUGAAGCGGCGUCCAGCUACAUGUGUCUAACCGUAGAGUAUCCGAACUACUUCGAUAGUUAUCUGCGAUUGGGAGUGAUGGCCAUCAAGGGCAAUCAAGCAGUCGUUGCAAAGGAGCACUUCAAGACUAUCACUCUUCUGGAAGUCGAUCACAUAUUAGCCAGAACGUUUAUGGGCAACUUAUGUGCCAGGCAUAACGCUCUAUCGGAGGCCAUGUGCAGCUACAAUGUGAUCAUGCGUCGGCCCAACCAUGCCUGGGACUCCAACACGCUCGUCGCCGUGGCCAACGUGUGCCUGCUCAAGGCGAAAGAGGCCACUAAAAAUGGCGAAUCGGACAUGGUUAGAAAGCACCAGGAACGUGCUCUGCAGCUAUUCGCAAAGGGCCUCCAGGAAAAUAAACGUAAUCUGUGGGCGGCAAAUGGCAUAGGCGUGGUUUUGUGUCAUUUCGGCUACUUGUCAGAUGCAGAGACAAUCUUCAAAAUGAUUGUUAAGUCCACCCCACGCUGCACGAAUGCAAUCUUGAACGCGGCACACGUAGCCAUGGGCCUGGAGCACUACUCGGACGCCGUAGAGAUCUAUGGGAAGUACCUGAAGGACUUUCUGCCCGCUAACAAUGUGACUGAAUUGCAAUUUCUAGCCCAUGCUCUCUAUCAGUGCCAACAGUUCGAUGAGGCCAAGUUGAUGCUAAGCCGGGCUAUGCGUACAGCGCCCCAUGACCCGAAUAUAAUCUAUAAUAUGGGAUUAGUCAUAAAGCAGGCUAUUAAGAGCUCAUUUGAAUCCAUCCAAACUGAUCUCACUAAGCUGCAAGAGGCAGCGCAGGAAGUCAACAUCGCCCUGAGAUUCUUUCAAUACCUAAGCCAAGGAAUGGAGCCAAUGAAAUCAGCUAGAAAGCAAUCCAAGAAGUGUAGCAAGCUUCAGCGAAAAGUUUUAGAGGAACUCGAGAAUCUACGUGAACAGGAAGAACUAAGCAAGAAGCAAGAGCGCCGUAAGGCUAAGAAAAAUAAGAAAAGGAAACCUGAAAAGGAAAGUCCCAACGAAGAGUCACGAAAAAUUAAUGAAGAAACCCAAACACAAGUUGAUGAGCCAGUUGAGAGCCCAACUGUGGAUAAUAAAAACUCCAAGAAAAAGCGGUCGAAAAAACGGCGCAAUUCGACCAGAGAUGUCGAUGAGCAGCAAGACUUAGAGCUGGAAAAAUCCAAGAGAAGAAGGGAAACCAAAAGACCGCAAUGA